CUUGCUUACUCAUCGAUACAAAGGUUCAUCAUGAGCUCAGACAACAUAGAUGAUGAUCAUUUCGACCGUUCGUUCUGGCAAAAGACGACUUCUACCAAUGGAAGCAGCAAGAUCUUACUCCUCACCAGCGUUUCUUUCUGUAUUAUUACCGUCAUCUUCUUCGGUUACCAUCUAUACGCAAGGUUUGUUCUCCACCGCCGUAGACCCGCCUUCCAAGGCCUCACCUUCUCCGUCACAUCUCAGCCACCGCAACGUGGCCUCGAGAAAGUCAUCAUUGCUUCUCUCCCUACAUUCGUAGUCAACGGCGGUGAUGACGUCUCGACCACGGAAUGUGCGGUGUGUCUAAGCUCGUUUGAGGAGAAAGAUACAGCGAGGAUGUUACCGAACUGCAAGCAUGUUUUCCACGUGACAUGCGUUGACACAUGGCUUACCUCGUGUUCCACGUGUCCCAUUUGUCGGACUGAAGUUGAGCCGAGUCAAGGGCUUUUGCCUGAGCCAAGAGAAGGGCCUAAUGGUGUAGGUGCAUCUUCGUCGGACAACAAAAGUAGCGGGGCAUCGUUUAGGAGGAUGUUAACAAGGGAAAGAUCUUCAAGCAGGGGCGAUCAUUCUCACGUUGACCAAGAACGUGUAUUGGACAUCGAAAGACAAUGGAUAGAUUAGAUACACAUACCACAAUAAUUAAUCUUUGAUUCAUGUAAUAUUGUUCCUUUAUAAUUUUUGUCGUCUUAAUAAAAUAUUUUGUAAUGUGUAAAUCUGUUGUAUAUUUCUGUAGAAAUUUUAUUAACGUG